GAGAGAAGGAAUGGGUGACGUUUUGGGUCAAGGCUCUUCAGACAAUCUGAAGCAGGGUCUCAACCUGAAACAUCACCCAUUUCUUCUCUCCGGGGAUGCUGCCUGUCCCGCCGAGUUACUCCAGCACUUUGUGACUAUCUUUGAUGUAAACCAGCAUCUGCAGUUCCUUCCCACACACUUCACACUUGCCUGCUAUUCAGAUUCUAGGCAACCCCGUACCUGCUACAUUACUCAGCUUUGACCAUCAUGCCUAAUUAUUUCUCAGCUUUGCCGCUAAUGGAUUAACCUUUGGUCAGAAACUUCCACACUGAUAAACAAAAGUUCUUUUAACUGUUAACGGACUGCUGGCUGGAGCUGAAGGGUCUAUGUAGCCAGCAUUAGGAGAUGGCUCAUGUGGUCAACUGUUCAAACAGACUCUAAACUACAAAGGGCAGUUUUUGCUUGAAGGUUUGACAAGAAGGUGGCAGCUGACAUUUGAUAAGUGACGGACUGUCAUACAAAUCCAUAUAGAUUUACUGGCAGCUCGGUUACACAUCUGUGCUUUAUGUAUCAGAGGACUUGAGCAUUGGAUAGUUCCUCAGUUCCCAGGUUCUCCUGUUACAUACAAAUGUGUUAAAUAGGAAACAUAUUUUAGGUUGUCCAAGUGGUGAUAAGUGAUCAGUUUUUGGAGUGUAACAACCUCCAAAACACUUGCAUAAACAUCACCUAAAACAAGCCCAGCGCCAUGGAAGGGUUCUUGUUUAUCAGGCAUGUGAUGUCCAGUUCUACCUGAACCCCACCCAUCUCUCGAUCGUCAUUGUAAUGAGCUGGAUCAGCCCCCACAUCAACCCUUGGCAUUAGGCGUCUGUGAAGAAGACCCUACGUCCCUGCUCACCAUGAGGUCGGUGACCUUCCUCAUCCUCUCAGUGCUGACGGACCUGUGUGAAGCCACCUUCCCUGACGACAGUGGUCCUCUCACCACUGGCCCAGUGAACCACGUGAAACAUAUCGUAGUGUUUGUUGGCAACGGAGCUGGAGCCGGCACCAAGCCCACGGAGAUACUGGAUGUACAACGGAUACUGAGAGUGAACAGGACACUCUUCGUUGGAGGAAGGGAUCACCUUUACAGUGUGGAUCUGGAUGCACCAGCGACAGACGAGAUGGUUUAUAAUACAAAACUGGCAUGGAGAUCGAAUCAACAUGACAUUGAUGUCUGCAGAAUGAAAGGCAAGAACGAGGCAGAAUGUCGGAACUUUAUUAAAGUCCUUCUGAAGAGGAACGACAGCAUGCUUUUCAUCUGCGGGACAAAUGCGUACAAUCCUGUGUGCGCCAACUACACUAUGGACAGACUGGAAGCUCUCGGACCAAGUAUCAGCGGGAUGGCCCGUUGCCCCUACGAUCCCAAACAGGCCAACGUUGCUCUCUACGCUGACAAUAAACUCUUUACUGGGACCGUCACCGAUUUCCUAGCGAUCGACGCAGUGAUCUAUCGCAGCCUGGGUGGUCGACCGACUUUGCGGACAGUCAAACACGACUCCAAAUGGUUCAAAGAGCCGUACUUUAUUCAUGCCGUGGAAUAUGGUCGGCAUGUUUUCUUCUUUUUCCGAGAAAUCGCUAUGGAAUUUAACUACCUGGAAAAGGUGGUUCUCUCUCGUGUGGCUCGUGUCUGCAAGAAUGAUAUGGGUGGGUCCCAGCGAGUGCUGGAGAAGCAGUGGACAUCCUUCCUGAAGGCUCGCUUGAACUGUUCCGUACCGGGAGACUCGCACUUCUACUUCAAUGUUCUUCAGGCUGUGACCGACACCAUCCGAAUUAAUGGGCACACUAUCGUACUGGCCAUAUUCUCCACUCCAUCCAACAGCAUUCCCGGGUCGGCCAUCUGUGCCUUCGACAUGGAGCAGAUUUCCAACAUUUUUGACGGCCGUUUCAAGGAGCAGAAAUCCCCAGAAUCUAUCUGGACGCCAGUUCCUGAGGAAUUAGUCCCAAAGCCAAGACCGGGCUGCUGUGCGGAACCAGGAACAAAAUACAACUCCUCUAAUGGGUUUCCUGACGAGAUGUUGAACUUUGUAAAGACUCAUCCGUUGAUGGAUGACACAGUUCCUUCGCUGAACCAUGGGCCAUGGAUCAUAAAGACAACCAUCAAAGAUCGCCUGGACAAAAUCGUGGUGGACACGGAGGCUGGCCCCUUUAAGAACCACACUGUGGUAUUCCUGGGCUCUGAAACCGGCAUUAUUCUCAAAUUCCUCAUUAGACCAACUACAAGUACAAACUUUGUCAAUCGAAGCUUAUUCCUCGAACAUUUUGAUGCUUACAGCCCAGAGAAGUGUAACACCAAAGGGCAAGAGCAGCGCAGGAUAGUGAGUAUGGAGCUCGACAAGAUGAGUGGAACCGUAUUGGUGGCAUUUUCCUCGUGUGUUGUCCGAGUUGCCUUUGCCCAUUGUCAGCAACAUGCUGCCUGCAUGAAGAGCUGUGUUGGCACACGUGACCCAUAUUGUGGCUGGAUUGGAGAUGGACAGUGUGCCUAUUUGGAGCCAGGAACCAGCAUUCCGUUUGAACAAGACGUUGAGCACGGAAACACGACGCACUUGGGUGACUGUGAGGGCCUGAUCCAUGAGAGUUUUGUCGAGGAGCCCAAUGGCCUGGUUUCCGUCAACCUCCUGGUGAUCUCAGCCAUUGCUGCCUUUGUGAUCGGAGCAGUCAUCUCUGGGUUCAGCGUCUGUUGGUUCAUUGGCCACCGGGACAAAAAGGACACGGCCAGGAGGAAGGACAAGGAAACUAUCCUUUCUCACAGUGAGUCGGUGGUCAGUGUAACCAAGCUGGGUGGCAUGGUGGAGCGCCGGUCUAGAGGGCAGCCGGAAACCCUGCUCGCUCCACUCAUGCAGAACGGCUGGUCAAAGACCCUGAUGAAAACCAGCCAACAUCACCUGGAUUCCACAGUCCUGCCAACGCCAGAACAAACGCCACUGCAGCAGAAACGCAGUGCAGGAAUGCGGAGCUGUGAGUGGGAUCAGAACCUGAUCAACGCCAGUCUGAGAGAGACGUCCUGUGCCGGGUCACCAAUGAUACUGGUCGACUCCACUCAUCACCUUGGCAACAUGCGGGUCAUCCCAACCUCCCGACAUUCCUUCCACCGGGAUAAGGAGCUGGUGAGUGAGAGUACAGACAUCAUGGACAACCAUUAUCUUUCCCACAGCAUGAGAGGACAGCUAGAGAACGCAGGCUCUCAUUACAGGUCAUCACUCGGUGGCAAUGGAGGCAACCAUGCCUUUGUGGAAUACUCAAUCUCUCCACAUAACAGCCCCAAGAGAAGAAGGGACACGUCAACACCUGUGUUGCCACAAGACUAUAUUGGGGAUGACCCAACAUGUUCCACGCAGUGGAAUUACGAGAAAGCUAAUGCACCCAUACCUUCACAACAGGUGAGGAGUCAAACAUUUAACAGAGGGGACAGUUCAGCUGCUCUGCAGAGAAAGGAGCCAGUGACUGUGCAUCACGUACAUCUCCAUCAGCCAGUCCAAUCCAUCACUGGCCAACCAGACAUCGCAACCUUCAAACCACCAAAAAAGUCAGGCGUGGAAAGGACACCUUCAGCAAAAUGAGACACAUUCUGCUUUCCUAUUUCUUCAUUAAUCUUUGUGAAAAUGUGUGACAAAUAUUUAAAAGCAAACGUUAACUACUUGAGGGAAAACUGGGCAAGGAGACAACAGCGCUCCUUAAACAAAGACCUGUCCUCAAAUUUAUCAAAUUAUUUUCUUUGCAAAAAAAGUACAUGAGCUUCAGAAGGAUGUGGGGGAGAAUAUUACCGAGCAAUCUUACUGGAUUUCUCUCUACUGCUGCCUCUUCAGGAGCCAUAAUAACUGAGAAAAAUUAUCCAGGAAUUUUAAUUAGCAAUUAUUCACAGCAAGAUUUUUAUUAUUGCUAAUCUAAUAAAACAAAUCCCAACUGCACAAGAUACUGACUGUGCACUUCACAAAAUCAUUAGACUCUCAUCUGAGUUUCUAAAGUUGAUUUACUAUUACUUUAUAUCAUUGCUAAAACAGAUUCAGCACAAUGCUAUGUCUGGCCAAGCGAAACUGGGCUUAAUUUCACAUUUAUGCAGAUUUGAUUAACAGCCAUGUAUCAGAAUCCUAGAUUGAUACUUCUGGUCAAACAAACCCUCUCAACAUUUUCAACAGAAUAUUUUAUUUACACCCAUUUUCUUGCUUUUCCCUAAAUCAAUAUUCUUCAUCAAAUUGCUUUUGAAGACUUGUUGAAUCUGCUUUUUUUUAAUCUUCUCAGAUAGUUCACGUCAGGUCCUGGCAACACACUGCACAAAUGAUGUCUUCCUCAAGCCUCGACUUGUUCUAUUGCCAAUGACCCCAUGCUCAAAUCAUCCACGUACCCACCCUGCUAACAAAGGAAACAAUUUCUCCAUUUUGGUUGUGAAAAUCCCUCAUAACUGUGAAUAAAUCUCUUAGCUUUCUCAUCCUACAACUCAUUUGUCCCUCCAAUAACUGAGGUUCCCCACUCUCAGUACCAGUCCUCUAUGGCUCCUUUAAAGCUGUGAUACCCAUCCUCACAAUUAGCAGCCAAAAUUGGCCGUAGAAUGUCGGGUCUGACCAGUUAAUCAAAACUUCCAUUCUUUAGUGUGCUCUUUAUAAAGCCAAGGAUCCUGAAAGCAUUUUGAUAAACCUGGCCAUCUUCAGAGAUCUGUGGAGAUAAACCCUCAUAGCUGUCUGUUCUUGCACUCCCUGUAAAAUUGUAUUUACAUGGUAACAUUGAUAUUAACAUGCCCCAUGUAUUGCUACCCAUUAGUAUGAUUCAAUAUUGGACACCAUUCAAAUAAAGUGAGUUACGGGGAGAAGGCAGAAAUGUUGAGAGGUGGAUCAGCCAUGUUGAAUGGCAGAGUAGACGAUGGGCUGAAUGGCCUAAUUCUGCUCCUAUCACUUAUAAACAGGAGAUAUAUUUUCCAAAUCUCUCCUGCUGCCCCUUUCUCUUCUGAUUUGAAUUGCCCAGUGAAUGCUUGGCUUGAAGACUGUAGGAGCCACAAGAGAGUAAUCCCUCUCAUCUGGGAUUAGAUAAUACAAUUGACUGAUCCCCCCCACUCAUUCCUGUGUUAAUUGUGCUGCUGCCUACAAUCACCAAUACAAUUUACCAAGUAAUGCAUUAACAUGAGCAUUGAGUUUGCUAUUGUCUAAGCACCUAAUCAAUGAAAGGUUUGUAUUCCACGACAUCAGCCACCUUACAGAAAACACAAAUCUAAAUUGCAUUUUCCUGCUAAAUGAAAAUAUCAGUCAUUUUUUUUACAUGAAAAGAAAAGCUGCAGGAAAUCAUUUUUGUUUGUCAUCCAACCGAAAAGUAUAAAAUUAUAAAGUUGACUUUGAAUUUAUUAUGUAGAUUUUCUGUCAUGGAGCCAGUUUCUCUAACUCGGCAGGUGUGGUUGUCUCUCUACAUUGUUCUACAUCCAUGUUUCUACAGGUGUGUUCAUGUUCCUGGUUCACAGAUGCCCUGUGUAAUCUGGAACUCAGGACAACAACACCUGAGUUGAAUAUGGAUUGCUUUUAAUGUGAAUACACACACUAUCUAAUACACGCAUACAAACACACACACACUCUCUAAUACACGCAUACAAACACACACACACACACACACACACAAACACACCCACACACACACACACACACACACACACACACACAGCCAUGUUUAAACUGUACCGAAUAGCAUGAAACAAAAUCUUUCCUGUUAAUUUAUUUUUCAGAAAUACUUGAUAUUUAUCUGCCUUCUAUCACUUCCAGGAAGUGAUGAAAGAAAUGAACUGUCCAGAUUUGGCAUCAAUUUGAUAAGAACCAAUUUUGUUUCUAAAACAUGGAAAAGCAGUGAAAUUAUUUUAAUUAGUUUGAUUCAGAUUUGAACAAAAAUGAUAACAAAUAGUUUAAAUUUUAAGCGUUGAAUAUGGGAAUAGAAAACUUCCUUAACUUCACAUUUCAAUUUAUCCAGUACUUAUUGAAAUCUAAUCUUUACAAAAUACUAAAUCUAAGAGGAGCUCCUGGAAGGCAGCAAUGAGGGUCCAGGUAUAAUCGUGAUAGCACAAACAUUUCUUGGAGAAAAUAUCAUUUUAUAAAAUUUUUAGAUAAAGUACAAUUUAGAAGCACUGAUAAUUAUGAUGAUGGUUUAAUGGUUGAAUUUUGUAACGACUGUGAAAGACUUUCUCAGUAUUCAUAUAUUUAUUGUGUGAGGUUGCUAGAACUGUUAGGGAACUUGCUCAGUGCUUUACAGUACAAUGGGUGGGCACAUUGUUCAUAUCAUGCCCAACAGACCUGUGAAAAACCACACCACACCACACAAUGCAGAUUCUGUCCUAUUUGCACUUGGUUGUGUCCAUAUGAAGGGUGUUGAGCAGUGCACUAGUGGUUACACAUCACUAGUAGUGACUGGAACAGCUGAAGCUGAUGAAGAUAUUAUGUGACACAAGUAGCCUAUUGGCACAAAGGUGAAAUGUAUUUGCUCAGGUGCAAUGUUACCUGUGGUGCCCCGCUAUCAAUGACAACACUUCAUUCCAGUGUUCUUCUCACCACUCCCCCUGUGGUCAUGUUCCGCUGGGAAAUGAGAACAAUUAUACUGACCACUGGCUGUAUAAGCCAAUUUAUAAUCUGCUUCAAUUCACUGGUCAUUGAACAACCAAGGCAAGCUAGCAAUGGUGCCAGUCCAGUACGUGGGUAAGAUCAUCAUUAGGGACUAAGAGGCAGGAGCAGCCUGUCAGAAUGUAUAUACACCACCUGCCGGCUGGGCUUUGAAAGAUGUAUCAUUCUUCCCACUCUGCACUAUUUAUUUUCCAUUCAUGUUCCCAGCUUGGUGGCAAAAGUCUGCAUCAGACUGGGUCUUUCUGCUUUAUACUCAAGAACACAAGUGUCUAGUAGCCAAUGGGCUUACGAAUUACAACUAGCGGCAACCAUGGUGAUUAUUUAAACCAUAUCCUGAAACAUCCAUAAAAAUGUUUCAACAAGUGUGACUUAAAUAUCAGCAGUUCUAUUUAUAGCUUUAUCUGUUAGGUCAAAAUGUAUUUUUCAGGUAACUUUGAACUGUGAUGAGCCAACUGAAGGAUGUGAGAACUAUGGCGGAGAAAUUGAUCAUUAACAAUUAUACAAAAAGUCUGUUGUUUACUCAUUGCUCGCUUUGCAUGGUGCAUGCCUUGUGUGGGUCUGUGCAAACCUCUUUUGACAUGGGCUUAGAUUUGGGCAUGGAAUGUAGACCCGAGCCAAACUGACCAACCCGUCCAAACCUGUCCAGCAAGGCACUCUGGGCAUUGUUUCAGAGCUAGGCCAAGACUGAAUGCAAGACUUCAGGAGACAAACCUUUCUCUUGUAAAUAGUGUGUCGUUUACCUCCAUUGCACUUGACAAAAAGUAAUAUUCUACGACAGAUUCAUGAUGUUCCGAAUUAAACAACUGGGAGUUUGAUUCUGCCGUUAACCGUAGCUUUCUUCAACCUCUUUGCAUAAUUAUAAUUGUCAGUGCAUUAAAUACAAUUUGCCUUAAGGCUGCCAAAUCAGUUUCCUUGGGCACCAAUUGGAACCACAUCACAAUGGUUACAGACAACAUUUGACCUUCUGUAAACGUUACCCAUGGACAUUAGACCUGUUUAAAUAAUAUCCAAUCUGAUUCCUGAUGAUAUUGGCGUAAACAAUGAACAUUACCAGCAAAUCCGAGAGGCACAAAUAUUGGGAACUAGUUUGGUCUUCAGAAGAUGGGAAAUGCUGCUAGUUUGAAAGGGAAGCCCAUUACUAGAUCUGAUAAGACAUAAUAACCACACCUCUCUCGUCAAAAUAAUGGAGAAAGGGAACUUCUGUAGCAUAGCACUUGAUUUCUAGCCAUAGGUCACAGAUAUGAUGUGCAGGCUAGCCUGCCGCAUGUGUGUUUCUGGUUGAGGGGUGUAAUGCCAUUGAAUGCAGUGCCACGCAAUAACAACACGUUACAGUGUAGAAGGAAACAUGCAGCAUAUCUCUACCAUAGAGAGUAUCUCCACCAUGGAGAGUAUCUCUAUCAUGUGGAGUAUCUCUAUCAUGGAGAGUAUCUCCACCAUGGAGAGUAUCUCUACCAUAGAGAGUAUCUCCACCAUGGAGAGUAUCUCUACCAUGGAGAGUAUCUCUACCAUGGAGAGUGUCUCUACCAUAGAGAGUAUCUAUCAUGGAGAGUAUCUCCACCAUGGAGAGUGUCUCUACCAUGGAGAGUAUCUCUACCAUGGAGAGUAUCUAUCAUGGAGAGUGUCUCCACCAUGGAGAGUGUCUCCACCAUGGAGAGUGUCUCUAUCAUGUGGAGUACCUCUAUCAUGCUGACCUGCUGCUGAUCAUGGUGGUUUUUGCAGAUGUCCUCAACUCAGAAAAUGGAGGAAGAUGGAUGGUGUUGAGAUCUUUAAAGGAUAACAAAUCUCCCAGUUCUAAUGGGAAGCUCUGUGUGUGCGCAUUUGUGUGAGUGUGUUUGUGUGUCAGUGUGUGUUUUUGUUUUACAAAGGGACUGGAACAACAAAAUUUUGUUUUUGUUUAUGGAAUAAAACCCAAUGAAAUUGCUUUAUAAUGAAAUACCUUUGUUGUCGAAUCCACCCCUGAUCAGUUCACAUUUUGUUCCCAUACAUAAGUAGAAAAGUGGAAGAGAAGGGAAAUCAUCCUGAACUCUUGUCUUUUUAUCAGUGUAGUGAUCAAUGUUCAUUGGGAAUGGGAUGACAUUCAGCUCCACAUCCUCAUAUAGGAAAGGAAUCUGUCAAUCCUCAAUAUAACCAUACGAUGAGAUUUUAUGCUGUUUUAGUGGUUUUAGAUAUCACCACGAGUCAGUCUGUUGACACAAGAUUUCCCAAAGUGGCCCAUAACCCGACCCAAAACGCCACCUAUCCAUGUUCUCCAGAGAUGCUGCCUGACCCACUGAGUUACGCCAGCACUCUGUGAAACGUCAGCUAUCCAUGUUCUCCACAGAUGCUGCCUGACCCGCUGAGUUACUCCAGCACUCUGUGAAACGUCAGCUAUCCAUGUUCUCCACAGAUGCUGCCUGACCCGCUGAGUUACUCCAGUAUUUUGUGUCUUUUUGUAAACCAGUAUCUGUAGUUCCUUGGUUCUAACGUUAAAUCUGUUUCAGGUACGCAUUUUGUAAAUCCGCUGUAAAAUGACAUUAGAUGAAUCUUAGGUAUUGAUGGAUCACGUGAGAUUAACGAUUUUAUAAAUUCCAAUUAUCAUUCUUCAGGCACCACAUGCAACCGUGAGUGGAAUUUUUCCCCAAUUGCAAAUCUCCCUUUUUUUUAAAAACACAUUAUUCAUUCCUUUGAAAUUUUCAGAGAGCAGAAGUGGUUAAUGUAUUUACAAUUGUGGAGCAUCAGUUGGGAAUUCAUCUGACUGUUUGAGUUAGUCUUCCCAUUACCAAUAGUCAGACCCACUGGUUUGAUCAAAGGAUUCUCACUGCUUUGAGAAUCAGGUGAACCUCUAAUUAAAUACAUUGAGUUGGUGACUAACACUGGCAGUAGCUGUCAUGGUGUGCACAAUGGCCGAACAAGAGAUGAAUAACUGGAGCAUAGAAUGGGAGUGUUCAUUCGACCUUGUAUAAACCUAGCAGUUUAGGGUUCUAUGUACCAGGCUGUAUCUUAACUCCAAAUUAUUGUAUUGUGCAAAGAUCCAAAUGGCUUUCCCCAAAAGGCUGUCCCAGACUCUUGUGAAACAGAUACACACUGGCUCUUUUCUAAAUAUGGUGUUCUCUUUCUGAAAUGUGAAUUUAAAAUGCUUAUAAAGGUCCUACAUAAUAAAAAAAAAUCUGAUAUUGUAGCUGUCCUUUACUUUGUUUGCUGUUCUGAUGUUAUAGCAAAAGAACAACAUUGUGUUGGGGCAUUUCAUCAUGGCCAUGUGAUAUUCUGGAGCACAUAACAAAUAGCUAUGAAAUAAGUCGUUUCAAUCUUGUACAAGUGAAACACAACACCAUCAAACCCAAGCUGUUUUCUUCGACAGUCCGUGUUUUGCUUAAUGUGUGGGGAAUAUAUGUGGGAUUUUCAACACUUUAUCACGAGUUGUUGUGUCUCAUCGCCAGAGAUGUCUGCAGUAAGUGGCAGGGUGAGUUGAAUACUCUGCAUUAUUUCUGAUGAAUGUUAUAUCAGUGCACAGUAAGUGGAGAUUGAAUGCCAACGUGGAUUCAACAUAGAUCUUUCAAAACACCUACCAGAAUUCAAAAUCUGUCCAUAGUUCACAGCGAAAAUUCCCUUUGUGUAACGCCACUAUUUGAAACACUGUCAGGUU